AUGGUUAGAAAAUCUAGAAGUGAUAAAAAAGAUACAAUUUGUAAACGUUGUAGUAAAGUGUGUGUAAAUCCAAAUAAACUUCGUGAACAUCUUAGACAAAAAAAUCCGUGCAAACCAUUAUCAGAGAUAACUGCUUCUAUUCAAGAUAUAAAAAGAAAAUUAGGCAUUUUUAAAAACUUACAACAGGAAACAAGCUGUAGACCUGAGAACUUUGAUAGAAAGCAUUUUUACUUAGAGAUGAAAAAAGAGGGUAAUAGACCCUAUACAGAUAAGAAAGGGGUUGUAGCCGAAAUUUGUAAAGAAAUAUUUCCAGAAAGGUUGCCAGAGGCAACAGGUGAUACUGAUAUUCCUGUUCAAACUCCUGAACCUGAACUACAAAUAACCGCUCAAGACCCUGCCCCCAAGCCAGAACUCAUUCACAGGAGAAAAGAGCGAAUUAAGACAUGGGGAGCAAGAUUGCAAAAAUGUUGGAAAGAAUUAGAUCUAGGUGAUGAGCUAAUUGAGGUAAAUGAUCUAGAUGGUUGUAAAACGCUCUUUCAUGAUCUUGAGCAGUAUGAUCCAGAGGCAGUUCGCCUACCUACAUUAAAAGAGUUAAAGAAAUAUGAAAAGAUAUUAGAGUCUGAAGGCGGUCCUGGACCUAAAACACAAUCAUUUAGGGAAGGUAAUAAUUUGAUCAAUAAAGAAUUUGAGCGCUUAGGAGAAAUUAAGGGGCCCAAAAGGUCAGAAAAGGAUUUAGAAUUUAGAGAACAAGAAGAAUUGGGAACAGCGGUUAAAAGAAGAGCUAUAGCCGUACAUCGUGCAAAAGUUCCCAAAUCCCAUCCAGAUAAUGGAAGUGAUAUACGAAAAAUGUUAGAAAGCCAAAGAAAACAGUUUAGAGAAAUACUUGAAAAGGAAUUCAAUAAGCGUGGACAAUUUAAGUUCGCUCUAUGUUCUCUUACCAAAUUUCUCAUAGAUGAUAAACCUGGGAAUGAAAAACAGGAAAAAAAGAAUUUACGAACUGACUGGCUUAGAAAUAGACAAAUUAUAGUUUAUAAUAGAAAUGAAAUAGAUGAUUACUUAAGCAAUGCUUUCGAACAAAUCCUAUACCAAGUGGAGGAGAGAGGAGGUAAGACUAAUUCUUGA